AUGGCGCUGGCCGAGCUGUACACUCAGUACAAUAGGGUUUGGAUCCCUGAUAGUGAAGAAGUUUGGCAAUCUGCAGAAAUCACAAAAGACUACAAAGCUGGAGACCAUUUGCUUCAUGUGCAAUUAGAAGAUGGAAUUGAAUUGGAUUACCCUGUUGAUCCAGUCGCUUUGCCACCCCUACGAAAUCCUGACAUACUUGUUGGUGAAAAUGAUCUCACUGCACUUAGUUAUCUCCAUGAACCAGCUGUUCUACACAAUCUUAAAGUUCGUUUUGUGGAGUCAAAACUUAUCUACACCUAUAGUGGAAUAAUUUUGGUUGCAAUGAACCCCUAUAAACAGUUGCCAAUAUAUGGAGAUGCUAUUAUCCAUGCAUAUAGUGGUCAGAACAUGGGAGACAUGGAUCCACAUAUAUUUGCUGUUGCUGAAGAAGCUUACAAGCAAAUGGCAAGAAAUAACAAGAAUCAGUCUGUUAUAGUCAGUGGAGAGUCGGGAGCUGGAAAGACAGUAUCUGCAAGAUACACUAUGAGAUAUUUUGCCACUGUGAGUAAAUCAAGCAGCAAUGCACAUGUGGAGGAAAAAGUACUGGCAUCCAAUCCAAUAACCGAGGCUGUUGGCAAUGCAAAAACUACGAGGAAUGAUAACAGCAGUCGAUUUGGAAAAUACACUGAAAUCAGUUUUGAUCAGAGUUACCAAAUCAUUGGAGCCAACAUGAGAACAUACUUGCUUGAGAAAUCCAGAGUUGUCUUUCAGUCAGAGAAUGAAAGAAAUUACCAUAUAUUUUAUCAGUUGUGUGCAUCUGCUGUACAAUCUGAAUUUAAGCAUCUUAAAUUGGGAAGUGCAGAAGAAUUUAACUAUACAAAAAUGGGUGGCAGCACAGUCAUUGAAGGAGUUGAUGACAGAGCAAAUAUGGUGGAGACUCGGAAGACAUUUGCUUUACUGGGUCUGAAGGAAGAUUUUCAGAUGGAUGUUUUUAAAACACUGGCAGCAAUCCUACACUUAGGCAAUGUGCAAAUAAUGGCUAUUGGAGAUGAAAGAUCAUCUGUCAGUUUGGAAGAUAAACAUCUCAAUAUAUUCUGUGAACUUCUGGAUUUAAACUGUGACAAAAUGGCUCAGUGGUUAUGCCACCGAAAGAUUAUCACUACCUCAGAGACUGUAAUAAAACCAAUGACAAAAUCUCAGGCUGUUAAUGCAAGGGAUGCUUUGGCAAAGAAGAUCUAUUCUCAUUUAUUUGACUUCAUUGUGGAAAGAAUUAACCAAGCUUUGCAUUUCACUGGCAAACAACAUACUUUUAUUGGUGUUUUGGACAUUUAUGGCUUUGAAACAUUUGAUGUGAACAGUUUUGAACAAUUUUGCAUCAAUUAUGCUAAUGAAAAACUGCAGCAGCAAUUUAACAUGCAUGUCUUUAAACUUGAGCAAGAAGAAUAUAUGAAGGAAGAUAUCCCAUGGACUUUAAUAGACUUUUAUGACAAUCAGCCUGUCAUUGACCUUAUUGAAGCUAAAAUGGGUAUUUUAGAACUUCUGGAUGAAGAGUGCUUGUUACCUCAUGGAACAGAUGAAAACUGGCUUCAAAAGCUAUAUAAUAAUUUUGUCAACAAAAAUGCACUCUUCGAAAAGCCAAGGAUGUCAAAUACAUCUUUCAUCAUUCAACACUUUGCUGAUAAGGUGGAAUAUAAAUGUGAAGGAUUUCUGGAAAAAAACAGAGAUACAGUAUAUGAAGAUUUAAUCGAAAUCUUGAAAAUCAGCAAGUUUCAUCUAUGUGCGAGCUUUUUUCAAGACAAUCCAGUGUCCAUUUCACCUUUUAGUUCAGCUAUAAACAUCAAAUCUGCAAGACCUGUUCUCAGAUCGCCUAACAAACAAUUCCGGAUGACAGUUGGCAGUAAGUUCCGCAGUUCUUUGUAUUUACUUAUGGAGACACUUAACACAACUACCCCUCAUUAUGUAAGAUGCAUAAAGCCAAAUGAUGAGAAGUUGCCUUUUGAGUUUGACUCAAAAAGGGUGGCUCAACAACUACGAGCAUGUGGUGUUUUGGAAACUAUUCGAAUUAGUGCACAGAGCUAUCCAUCCAGGUGGACUUACAUAGAAUUUUUCAGCCGAUACAGCAUUCUAAUGACACAGCAGGAACUCUCCAUAAAUGAUAAGAAGCAGAUUUGCAAGAUCGUAUUGCAGCGACUAAUUCAGGAUCCUAACCAAUACCAAUUUGGGAGAACAAAAAUCUUCUUCAGAGCAGGACAGGUUGCUUACUUGGAAAAGCUGCGGUCAGAUAAACUGAGACAUGCAUGCAUCAUGAUCCAAAAGAGUGUUCGAGGCUGGCUGCAGCGGAAGAAAUUCCUUCUCAUAAAACAAGCAGCUAUUAUAAUACAGCAAUACUUUCGUGGGCAGCGGACUGUACGGCAAGCUGUAACUGCAACAGCUCUGAAGCAAACCUGGGCAGCUAUAGUUAUUCAGAAAUACUGUCGGGGUUACCUGGUUCGUAAACUUUGCCAGCUCAUCCAUGUUGCUGCUGUAACAAUUCAAGCUUAUACAAGAGGAUUUCUAGCAAGGAAAAGAUACCAGAAGAUGCUUGAAGAACACAAGGCUGUAAUCCUUCAGAAAUAUGCCCGUGCAUGGCUUGCAAGACGCAGAUUUCAAAAUAUUCGGCGGUUUGUAUUGAAUAUCCAGCUUUCCUACAGAGUUCAGCGACUGCAGAAAAAGAUAGACGAACAGAGUAAAGAAAAUCAUGGCUUGCUGGAAAGAUUAACUAAUAUGGCUUCAACUCGUAUGAAUGACUUGGAUACAAUUCAGAAACUUGAACUAGAUAUUGAAAAGUUAACUGCACAGAAGAGAACAUUUGAGGAGAAAGGAAAGAAAUAUAAAGAGGACAGUGAACAGAAAAUCUUAAAACUUGAGAAUCAGAAUAAAGAACUGCAAGAACAGAAAGAGACCUUAGAAAGAAAGCUCCAAGAAAAAACUGAUGAGAUGAAAGAUAAAAUGGAUGACCUCACAAAGCAACUCUUUGAUGAUGUACAAAAAGAAGAAAGACAGAGAAUGAUACUCGAGAAAAAUUUUCAAAAUCAGAAACAGGACUAUGAAAAGGAGAUUGAAUUGCUUAAGGGAGAAAUUAAGACUCUCAGGGAAGAAAAAAUUCAGCUACAGCAUCAAAUUCAGCAAGAAAUUGUCAUUCAGGAUGGUUUGAAAAUGGAAGUAGGACAACUUACAAAACAAGCACAGACAAUACCUGAAUUGCAAAAGGAAAUUGAACUGCUGCAGACACAAAAAAUGGAUGUUGAAAAGCAAGCGCAGUCCCAGAAGCGAGAAAUGAGAGAAAAGAUGUCAGAAGUUACGAAACAGCUUCUUGAAAGUUACGAUUUUGAAGAUGUAAGAAGCAGACUCUCUACAGAGGACUUGGAACACUUAAAUGAGGAUGGAGAACUGUGGUUUGCUUAUGAGGGCUUGAAAAAAGCGACAAGAGUAUUGGAAAGCCACUUCCAGUCUCAGAAGGAAGCCUAUGAAAAGGAGAUUGAAGGUCUGAAUUUUAAAGUUGAACAUCUUAGUCAAGAUAUUAAUCAUCUACAAAAAUUAUUUCGAGAGGAAAAUGACAUAAAUGAUAGUAUUCGACUUGAAGUUAGCAGGCUAACUUCAGAAAAUCUGGUGAUCCCAGAUCUUAAACAGCAAGUCUCUGAGCUUGAAAAACAAAAAUCAGAUCUUGAAAAUCGUCUUCAAGAACAGACUGUAAAGUUGAAAGGAAAAAUGAAAGAGAUGUCUAAUCGGCUGCAUCAUGAGCUAGAAAGGGACAGAACACAAAGGCGAGCAAAUGAAGCCCAGAAUGAAACAGACCUAAAAGAAAAAGAGAGACUGAAAAUUACAACCCAAGAAAUUGAGGGGCUGAGCAAUGGUUUCAAGCAAAGUGAAGUCCAGGAUGAAGUAAAAAGCAAGAUAAAGCAAGAAACAAUUCGACUUACUGUAGAAAAUAUGGAUCUUGAAGAAAAACUAGACAUGAAGGACAGAAUAAUAAAAAAAUUGGAGGAUCAGAUCAAAACUCUUACCAAGACUCUUGAGAAAGCCAAUGAAGUUCCUGUGCCAACUUUGUCUAAAGAAUACAUUGGAAUGAUGGAAUACAAAAAAGAGGAUGAAGAAAGGAUUGUUCAAAAUCUGAUCCUUGAUUUAAAGCCACGAGGAGUUGUAGUUAAUAUGAUACCUGGCCUUCCAGCUCACAUCUUAUUCAUGUGUGUGAGGUAUGCAGAUUAUCUGAAUGAUGCUGACAUGCUGAAAUCAUUCAUGAAUGUAACCAUUGAAGGUAUCAAACAAGUUAUUAAGGAAUAUUCAGAAGAUUUUGAGAUGUUGUCCUUUUGGCUUUCCAAUACAUAUUAUUUUCUUAACUGUUUAAAGCAAUACAGUGGGGAAGAGGAAUUUAUGAAGUAUAACACCCCACGUCAGAACAAGAACUGUUUAAAGCAUUUUGAUCUCUCAGAAUACAGACAGAUUCUUAGUGACUUGGCCAUUCGUAUCUAUCACCAAUUUGUUACUGUAAUGGAGAACAACAUUCAGCCAAUGAUUGUUCCAGGCAUGCUGGAAUAUGAAAGUCUCCAGGGAAUUUCUGGCUUGAAACCUACAGGGUUCCGUAAACGUUCUUCUAGUAUAGAUGACACAGAUACCUACACAAUGGCCUCUAUUCUGCAACAACUCAGCUAUUUUUAUAGUACAAUGUGCCAGAAUGGCUUGGACUCCGAGCUUCUAAAGCAGGCAGUGAAGCAGCUUUUCUUUCUGAUUGGAGCUGUCACCCUCAACAGUCUGUUCCUUCGCAAGGACAUGUGCUCUUGUAGAAAAGGAAUGCAGAUAAGGUGCAACAUCAGCUACUUGGAAGAAUGGCUUAAAGACAAGAAUCUCCAAAGUAGCAAUGCUAAAGAAACUUUGGAGCCUCUGUCUCAGGCAGCCUGGCUCCUUCAGGUCAAAAAGAUCACUGAUGAUGAUGCCAAGGAAAUAUAUGAGCACUGCACAUCUCUUUCCACUGUGCAGAUAGUUAAGAUCCUUAACUCAUACACACCAAUAGAUGAUUUUGAGAAAAGAGUGACUCCGUCAUUUGUUCGUAAAGUCCAGGCUAUGCUAAAUAAUCGUGAGGAUGUUCCACAGUUGAUGCUUGAUACCAAAUACCUCUUUCAAGUGACGUUUCCUUUCACCCCCUCUCCACAUGCCUUGGAAAUGAUACAAGUCCCCAGCAGCUUCAAACUUGGCUUUCUCACAAGAGUGUAAUAAAAAGAGGCAUCAAUAUUUCUUCAGAGGCUAGAGACAGACAGACUUUCAUGCUUUGUUUCUUCAGCUAAUGAAUGGUAUGGUAGU